AUGACCGCUGAUACAGCCACUUUUUGCUUGCUAUUGGUUAUUGGUUUUACUUUAGCUCUGACUGUAUGGCUCUCCAAUCGACAGUCUAAGCUUCCUCUGCCGCCUGGUCCCCCUCAUCACUGGCUAUUUGGAACGGAAGCUCUGACUGGAUCACCAUGGUUGCGCUACGAAGAAAUGACGCAAAAAUACGGUCCCAUAUUCUCGCUGAGGCGAGGAUUGACUGACAUCAUCAUCAUCAUUGGUCGAUAUGAGCCGGCGCUAGAGAUAAUGGAGAAGGAAAAUGCAAUCCUGCAAGAUCGUCCAAGGUCUAUUUCAGUACAGGAAACGAUGUGUAAGAAUAUGCGCCUACUCAUGAUGAAGGCGGGAGAUCGCUUCAAGAAGUUCCGCAGAGCUAUUCAGUCCCAACUUCAUGCAAGGGUCAUUCAAACCUACCAGCCGCUGCAAGUGAAAAACGCGGUUAAUCUUAUCACGGAUCUCUUGGAUGACCCUUCGCAGCAUAUUGAUCAUGCAAAGCGUUACGCGGCGUCGGUGGUCAUCACACUCACUUACGGAAAACCCUCUACGACAUCAUACUCUGACCCUCUUGUUCAAAAGAUCUUGCUGUUUGCGCAUCGAUUCGGUACUGUUGUGCGACCUGGUGCUUAUUGGGUUGAUUCAGCACCUAUUCUCCAGUAUGUGCCUGGAUAUCUUUCGCAGUUGCGCCAAUGGCACAAGGAGGAGCUUACCUUCUCUCGGUCAUCAGUCGACGUAGUGAAAGAAAAGAUUAGCCGCGGCGAGCACAUUAUCAAACCGAACUUCGUACAAAAUCUAUUGGAAAAGAACUCGGAGAAUGGCAUGUCCGAAGAUGAAAUUGCUUUCCUGUCCGGAGGAUUAUUCCUUGCUGGUGCCGAUACGACUGCUUCCGCGAUUAGUAUAAUGAUGAUGGCCGCCGCAUGCUUUCCUGAAGCCCAGAGUAAAGUUCAAGGUCAACUGGACGCAGUCGUGGACCAGGGUCGUGCUCCUACGUUCGCGGACGAAGCGUCUCUUCCAUUCAUUACUGCAUUCAUCUUGGAAUGUUAUCGAUGGCGACCUCGCGGUUACCGUAUCCCCGCCGGUGCAACUGUCAUUGGAAGUCAUUGGUCGAUUGGUCGCUCGCCAGAUGUUUUCCCUGAACCAGAGAAGUUCCGCCUGGAAAGAUGGUUAGACGACUCUGGAAAUUUACGAGACGACAUAAAGUCAAUGAAUUUCGGCUUUGGGAGGCGAGUCUGUCCCGGACAACAGCUAGCCAAUAGAUCGUUGUUUAUAACGACCGCUUUCGUAUUAUGGGCCUUCCGCUUGAAGGAAGUGGAUGGAUCUCCGAUCGAUACCCAUGCAUUUACCCAAACGGCUAACUUGCAUCCCCUACCCUUCGCCCUUGAUUUCGAGCCAAGGAUUCCAAAAGACCAAAUCAAACGAAUUCUCACCAGUGACCAUGAAACGCUCGUAUGA